ACUGGCGUAGCGAUCUUUUGAAUGACACAAUUGUCAAUUAUGUCAAAUAACAGUUAUUUAAUGUGUCUUCACAAAAAUAAAAAAUUUAUAGGUUACAUCUGGAUAGGUUAUUACUUUUGAAAAGAUGGCUCAAAAUAAUGAAGAAACUAUAAUAGCUUUAAUGAGUUUAGGAUUAAGUGAACAAAAAGCAAAGGAAACUUUAAAAAACAGCGUAGUUACCAAUACUUUGUUAACUAUUCUACAUGAAGUACGAGGAGUGAACCUUUCAGAAGGUACUGGGGCCCUUUUAUAUCAACUUGGAACAAAAAUAAAACCACAAAUUGCUCAUCAUUUAGCGCUCCUGGUCAAGUAUAUAUCAUCCAAGAAACUUGAUAGUACAUUGAGAGUAGAUAAAGCCAUAGAGUAUGCUAUUUCCCACAUUAACAACCUAAAUACCGACGAACUAGAAACUUAUUGCGGCGUUGGAAUUGUUAUAACACCGGAACAAAUUGAAAAAGCCGUUGAAAAACAAAUAAAACAAAAUAAAGAUGAACUACUUGAAAAACGUUAUAGGUUUAAUACUGGACCACUUAUGCAAAAAGUUAGAUUAGAAUUGAUAUGGGCGGAUGGUAAAGCAAUAAAGAAUGAAAUAGAUAUGCAGGUGUUUGAUCUUCUGGGACCAAAGACUGAAGCAGAUUUAGGACCAGCACUAAAACCUGAGAAGAAGGUCAGUAAAGUUGCCAAAAAUGAAGCAAAACCAAAAAAAGAAUCACAGACAACUGAAGUACAAAUAGCAGAGGGUCUUACUAUUAUAGAUGUGAUGAAAAAGCUCAACUUUCAUGCUCCAGGGGAAAACUAUAAAACAGAUGGAUACAUUGUUACAGAUAAUACAGAAAGAUUAUUGAAAGAGCAUUUAAAAAUCACUGGUGGACAAGUAAGGACCAGAUUUCCUCCCGAACCCAAUGGUAUUUUACAUAUUGGUCAUGCCAAAGCUAUUAAUAUUAAUUUUGGAUAUGCAGCUGCACAUAAUGGUAUUUGUUUUCUGAGAUAUGAUGAUACCAAUCCCGAAAAAGAGGAGGAAAAGUUUUUUACUGGAAUCAAAGAUAUGGUAGAGUGGUUAGGUUAUACACCCUACAAAAUUACCCAUUCAUCUGAUUAUUUCAAUCAAUUGUAUGAAUGGGCAAUAGAGUUGAUUAAAAAGGGACUUGCUUAUGUUUGUCAUCAAACUGCUGAUGAGAUGAAAGGUUUUAAUCCUGAGCCCUCCCCAUGGAGGGAUCGUCCAAUUUCUGAAAAUCUACAAUUGUUUCAGGAUAUGAAGAAUGGUAAAAUUGAUGAAGGAGUGGCAACACUAAGAAUGAAAAUCACUUUAGAAGAAGGUAAACUAGAUCCAGUAGCAUACCGAGUAAGAUUUACUCCUCAUCACAGAACUGGAGAUAAAUGGUGUAUUUAUCCAACAUAUGAUUACACCCACUGUUUAUGUGACAGUAUUGAACAUAUCACACAUUCUCUGUGUACUAAGGAAUUUCAAUCGAGACGGUCAAGUUAUUAUUGGUUAUGUAAUGCACUUAACAUUUACUGUCCCGUUCAGUGGGAGUAUGGUCGUCUGAAUUUCAAUUAUACAGUUGUAUCAAAAAGGAAAAUAGCUAAACUUAUUACUGAAGGGAUUGUUAAAGAUUGGGACGAUCCAAGACUAUUUACACUAACAGCUUUAAGAAGACGUGGUUUUCCAUCAGAAGCUGUCAACAACUUUUGUGCCCAACUAGGAGUUACAGGUGCUCAAAGUACGGUAGAUCCAUCUAUGCUAGAAGCUUAUGUUCGAGAUUAUUUAAAUAAUACUGCUCCAAGGAGAAUGGUUGUGCUGGAACCUUUGAAAAUUACUAUUGAGAACUUUCCUCAUGGUAAAUCUAUUACUGUGGCAGUUCCUAACUUUCCUUCUAAGCCAGAAUUAGGUAGCCACAAUGUUACUCUUGAUAGGACUAUAUACAUUGAAAACAGUGACUUUAUGGAGGUUGGUGAUAAAGGUUACCGAAGAUUAACAAGAUCACAAUCUGUUGGUAUUCGACACGCCGGCUUCGUGUUAGAAGUAAUAGAUGUCAAAAAAGAUGGAUCUACUAUUAAAGAAAUUAUAUGCAAAUGUACCGAAGUUGAUAAAGUGAAAUCUAAACCGAAAGCUUUCAUUCACUGGGUUAGUGAUCCACGAGAGAUAGAAAUUCGCUUAUACACUUCUUUAUUCAAACAUAAAAAUCCUGAAGAUCCCAAUGAAGUACCUGAUGGAUUUUUGUCAGACUGCAAUCUUGAUUCUUUAAAAAUAUUGAAAAGUUAUGCGGACAAAUCUUUAUUAAGCGCUAAUGUAAGCGAUAAGUUCCAAUUCGAAAGAAUCGGGUUCUUUUCUGUUGAUCCGGACACAAACACGAAUAAAUUGGUCGUCAACCAAACAGUUAAUUUGAAAGAAGAUGCAGGGAAAUGAUCCAAAAUAUUACUUCAUAUAAUUUGCUUCUAUUUAAAAAAUUGUAAUAUAUUUUGCCGCAC